AUGAAUUUAUCCAAAUGUGAAUAUUGCGAUUCCUACAAUGAGAUGCCUAUUCUGGGUGAAGAAAUCGUUACUGUACAAGUAUCUGCAAAUGCUUCCCAUCCUGAGGACCUUCAUUUUCCACAUAAUGUAAUUCAGGCAUGGAUGAGUGCUAUGGUGCACUCCAAAACAGAUAUUUUGAUGAUCCCUUUAGUCAUCUGUCUACUUGCCUCACUUUUAGCAACUCCUCUGGUCCUGUUGGCCAUCUUUUCAAACAACAACCUUCGUCAGGAGACUAGGUAUCUGCUACUUGCCAACACUUUGGCUAAUGAUUUGAUUUACUCAAUACUGAACACCUUCAUUGAUGUUCUUAAUGCUGCAGGUGUGGGAAUGCCUAAAGUUGUUUGCGAGACGCUCUUGUAUGUGCUAACAGUGGCUUAUUGUAAUGGGAUCCUGACAGUCACGGCUAUGGUGGUGGACACUUACGUGGCUGUGGGUUGGCCUCUUCGUUACACCUCACUUCUGUCACCCACCCGGACCCUUAAAAUUAUCAUUUGCAUAUGGAUUAUCUCUGCCCUUGCACCAUCCAUUGUCUACAUAAUAACACUGGGAACUCAACAGAAUCCAUUCUCCACAUUGUCAAUUUGUAUUUUACCUUUAAUAUUUGUGCUCUCCGUCCUUCAUUCAUCUCUGUUAAAAAUUUAUUACAGUUUCACAGUAAUCUACUUUCUAAUCUGUUUAAUACUGAUCUUCAGUUGCUAUGUCAUGUUAUACUGCAAAACAAGGACUUCAGGAAUAUGGGCUGGCAACUCCAGGGCUCGAAAGACCUAUGUCAUCAAUUCAGUGUUAUUCAUUUUUUAUUUCUUUCCAUUGAUUGUACUGGUGACUGGGGGUGCACUCCAAGAAUUGCACUUGAUUUCCUAUAUGACGGGACUUUGGAUCACUCUGUCAAUGGCAAACAUGCUUAUGAUGUUGCCCAAGGCAAUUUCUCCGUAUGUUUAUGCAUUCAGGUAUCGAGAAGUCACAAAAACAAUCUGGUCUUUAUCGAUGCUAAGGCAUGUACGACGAGUAAGUCCAACUGGUUAGUACGUUAGAACGAGUAAACUAGCUAAUGUUUGACUCCAUUGAGCAAAGCCUUCCAUUUGCUUUUAUCAGUGAAAAUAGUGAAAGGGUUGUAUUUGUCUUUGAGAUUUAUCUGAGGAAAUACCCUAUAAACGAAUACACUUACACUCGUAGAGAUACAUAGCAUGGAAACAGACCCUUUGGUCCAACUUGUCCAUGCCAACCAAAUAUCCUAAAUAAGUCUAGU